AUGGGUUGCUUCAUUGUCUGUCUGGGUUUCUCCAAGAAACGAAAGCGCAGAAUCAGACCUUCAAAUAAACUCAUUUCUGGCGACCAAAUAUAUGGAAGCUAUAGGCAUCUGGAUUCUCAAGAUGUUACUCUUGCGGAAUCUGCAGUUUUAGAGUCUGAUUGCAGUAAUCAUAAUGAAGCCAAGGUGAAUUCUGGCAUUAAGAUAAAAAAGAAAGUCACAUUCAACUUGAAUGUCAAGAUCUAUGAGCCUAUACCCGACCAGGAUUCAUAUUCCUCAGACAAAGAAAUAGGGGAGGAGAUUGAUGCUAAGAAGGAUAAAGAAUCCAACAAUAUAAAUGUAAAAAGGGCAUCAAUUGAAGAGAAUAAAGUUGGGUAUAGAGAAAGAGGUCAGUACGAAUGCUCUGUGUUGAAUCCAGUUGAGAAUUUAACUCAAUGGAGAGAAGUGAAGGAGAAAAGCAAGAAGCAUCCUCUAUUGAAGAAGAUACUGACAAAGGAGAACUUGGGAAUAAUGGUGGAGAAACAAGAAGAGGAGAUGAUCAAGUCAAGUCUCAAUUUCAGUCCAAAGUGUAAGUUGAUGCAAGACAUUGCGAUUGAUGCAAGCCUCUCUCAUUGGGUAUUGACCUCACAGCAAUGUUAG